CCCACUAGUCAAUUAGACUUCAAAGUGAAUUACAGUAAGAAUGAAAUCGUUGCAUCUACUGGUUGUAUUUGGCCUUGCCAUACUGAAAACAGAUGGAUUAAAAGUGCUAACAAUUGCUCCAUUUAGUUCCAAGUCACAUUUUGCUAUUGCUAAUGCAAUAUCUAAGACCCUUCAUAAGGCUGGUCAUAACAUUACGAUGUUGUCACCAUUUCCGCUAAAAAAGCCAUUACAAAAUCACACGGAUAUAAGUGUUGCGAAGACAAUGGCAGCGCUAGAAGAGGAAGAUGACAUGAACAUAUUCGAUUUUCGUAGUGUUCCCAUGGUUGCUAUGCUUCCGUUUAUGUAUUACAUGAUGCACACGCUCGUCGAUAGUGUAAUGGUCGACGAUGAAGUAACUAAAUUUAUGGAAUCCAAAGAGAAAUAUGACGUUUGCAUUGUUGAAGUGUUUAAUAUGGAUGCGAUAAUGGGCAUUGCAGAUCACGUUGAUUGUGUCAUCAUUUCAUUCGCAACGUUCGGAGCGGUCAAAUGGGUCGAUGAUAUGACUUCAAAUCAAUCACCAAACUCUUAUGUAACCAAUCCGUUCUUGAGGUACACGGACAGAAUGGCAUUUUCCGAACGUUUAGUGAACACAGUCUCGAAUAUUUUCGAAAGCAUUGCAUUCGAAUUUUUCCACAAACCAUUGCAACGCAGCCUGUACAAGAAACACUUUCCGAAUGCAAAGCGAUCGUUUGAUGAAAUCUAUAAAAGUUCGGCAAUUUAUUUCAUGAACACUCACGUCAGUUCGGCAUUCGCUAGACCCUAUCUGCCGCAUAUGAUUGAUAUCGGUGGAAUUCAUGUUGAACCGGCUCAGCCACUUCCGGAGGAUAUUAAAGCAUUUCUGGAUGCGAGUGAUGAGGGAGCAAUUGUCUUUUCAAUGGGAUCUAAUAUCCAGGCAACGGAUUGGCCGGUAGAAAUGCGAGAAAUUUUUGUGAAAACGUUUGGAAAACUGAAGCAGAAAGUUUUGUGGAAAUAUGAAAAUGAUACAUUGGCAGGCAAGACAGACAAUGUAAUGAUUAGCAAAUGGUUACCGCAGAGAGAUGUGAUAGCACACCCGAAUGUUAAAUUAUUCAUUACCCAUGGAGGGUUACUCGGAACUACAGAAGCUUUAAUUGAAGGUCUUCCAGUUCUAGGCAUUCCCAUUUUUGGCGAUCAGAAGAUGAAUAUGGCAAAAGCAGUUACUCGUGGCUAUGGUUUACAACUUUACUAUGAUGAAAUAACCAUAGAUUCUCUGUUCAAUUCCAUACAAGAACUGAUAUCCAACCAGAAAUAUCGCCAUAAUGCUCAAGAAAUCUCGAAACGAUUUGUCGAUCGUCCAAUGACACCACAGGAAACGGUUACCUAUUGGGUUGAAUAUGCGGUUCGUCAUAACGGAGCGUUACAUCUGAGAGCUGCAGGAAAUGAUUUAAAUUUUAUCGCAUUUCAUUCUAUCGACACAUAUGGCGUUUUGUUUGUCGCUGCGGUAAUUUACUUGUAUGGCGUUUACUUGGUGCUGGGAUGUUUGUUUGGCAAAUGUUGCGGAAAGAAGAAUGCGAAGAAAAGCAAGAAAUUGAAGGAAAAAUGAAUAAAAAACGAGUUCAAAAUUU